AUGAGCCAGGAACAGCCACGGAGACGACCUGACCAGUCCUCAGGUCAGGAACCCCUCAAGUACGGCGACGUUUUCAAUGUUUCAGGGGAGUUGGCAUCCCGUCCCGUUGCACCCGGCGACGCUGCCACAGCCCAGGCCGCUGAAAACCUAGUUCUCGGAGAGACUCAGAGGGGCGGCCCGGCUGCAGUCAUGAACUCGGCAGCCACUUACAACGAGCGCGCUGGGCUCGUUGGCCACAAAGAUGCCACAGAAGUAGCCAGAGAAGAAGGAGUGUCGGUUACAGAAGGAAUUAAUCCCGAUGGCAACCGCGUUGUCACUGAAAAAGUUGGUGGACAGGUUGUGGCCCAAUAUGUGGAACCGCCUUUGCCGAUGGGCUCGCCAGGAGGAGCGCUGGACCGUGAUGCAAUUACAAUUGGUGAAGCUCUCGAGGCCACUGCUCUGUCAGCAGGCGACAAACCCAUUGACAAAAGCGACGCCGCUGCAAUACAAGCCGCCGAGAUGAAAGCCACUGGGAGAACCGUAAUAGCGCCCGGCGGUGUUGCCGCCAUGGCUGAGUACGCAGCUUCUGUUAACCCGCGCGACGUCAACAAGACAAAAGUAGGCGAUGUGCUAGAGGAUGCAACUCAGAAGCUGCCAGCUGACAAAGUUGUGACGAGGGAGGAUGCAAAGGCGGUGAUAGGGGCAGAGAUAAGGAACAGUCCGACUAUGAGCACCACUCGUGGAGGUGUGGCUGAAUCGCUGGCUGCAGCCGCGAGGCUUAACCAGAACACUGGAAAAUAA